AUGGAGCAGACGGGCUGCUGCGAGGAGAGCCCCGGGCCCGGCCAGGUGAAGGCCAAGCCCUGGAAGACCCCCGGCCUGCUCCUGCUGCUGCUGGCACUGGCCGCUGCGGGGGUCGUGGCUGGAGGGCUUCUUGGCUUCGCUCACAGCCCUCCCAAGCCUCUGCUGCAGAUGCUCCGUCUGACCCUCCCGGGCCCCAGGGCACCCCGGUCCAACCAAACCACCCAGGUGGAUGCGGCCCGGAACGUGGCGACCAUCCGGGUGACCCCAGCUCAGAGCAACCACAGCUGGGCGGUGCUGUUCGAUGGGCAGAGCGGCUGCGUCUGUUACCGCCCCUCAGGACACCGGGCCUGCUUCCUCCGCCCGAUGGAACCCCGAGAUCGCGAGACCCUAGAGCUGCUGGUGAACAGCUCACAGGCCCGAGGGUCUCACGGCCCCAGCCAGGACACCCGCUACGUCCAGGAGCUGCUGGCAGUGCUUGGGGACCGUGAGGUGGACCCCGCCCAGGUGGGGGAGUCGGUGCGGCACCUUUGCACGAAAACGCCCAUUUACUGGGCCCGUCGAGCAGAGGGACCCCGGAGGCAGCGGCUGGUCUACCUGUGCAUUGACAUCUGCUUCCCCAGCAACGUCUGCGUGUCAGUCUGCUUUUAUUACCUCCCAGACUGAGUUCAGAGCCCGGCCCGGCCCACAGGCCAGCCAGCUGGCCGUCCCCGCCAUCAGUCGCAAGGAAGGUGGCUGCCGGCGGGGCUAAUAAACCCUGCACCUGGCC